UUGAAUAAUAUUCUGGAAAAUUCUUUCCUUUCCCUGUCGUUAUCCAUUCCGCCCCUGAAACCCCUAGUUCUACUGUCAAUUCAGUCCAAAUCUUGGCCGCAACACCAAGUCCGGCGGCCGGAUCUGACAAUGUGAUACUACUAUAUAUGGGAUCUAGGAUAGGUCUUUUUGCCCAAGAAACUCAACCGAGCGCUUCGAUCUCUUUAGUUUUUCCAAUUCAUGUUUUGGUUAUGUUUCCGGUGAACCAUGUUUGUGUCCAUAAUUAAUUCAAUGUUGCGCAUAACAUCAUCCCUAUACUCUCUGUUAACGUGGCUACUACGUUAUUUCUUCGGGGUUCCUCUCCAAUCAUUGGAACCCAUUAGGGAUUGGUCGGGCCUAACGGAGGAGAUGCUGGCAGAGAUAGCAAUGCGUAUGCCGUCGGUGGAAGAUUUCAUGGCGUUCAGAGGGGUUUGUACUUCCUGGCGAGCAGCCGCGAGGUUAGAUAAGUUUGUCAAUUCGCGGUCCGGGUCUAGGGUCCCGUUUCUUAUGAUUGCGGGUCAACAAGAAAACAAUGAUGAAUACUGUGAAUUGUAUAGCCUGUCGAGGAGGAGGAUCGCGAUGAGGUUGAAGCUCCCGGAGGUGAAGGGUAAACGAUGCAUGGAAGCAGGAUUCGGGUGGUUGUUAACGGUUGCGAGUUGUUCGGGUGAGGUUAAUUUGUUGAAUCCUCUGACUCGUUCUCAAAUCCACCUCCCAAACUUACCUGGUUCUGUCGAUUGUAUAUUUAUAUUGACAGCAGCUCUGUCAGCUAAUCCAUCCACAACAUGCAAUUUUGUUUUAAUGGCAAUUCGCAAUGCGGGUCAGUUCCUGGGGUAUUGGAAGCCUGGUAACCUGACAUGGACCCCGAUAAAGACAUCAGGGCGUAUAUUUUCGGAUGUUGCUUAUUACAAUGGCAAGUUUUAUGUGCUGGAUGCAAUUGACGAACUAUGGGUAUGGGAUGAUGUCGCGGUUACCCAUCUUCACUUGGAUAAUAUUGGUCAUGAUUUAGUGUUUUCGGCUAAAGAAGCAUACCUAGUAGAAUCAUCAAACGGCGAGUUACUUGUCGUUAUUCGGAAGAGUCGUGAUGAAUUCAGAGUGGUUCGAUUGGAUGUGAGAAACUGCCAGUGGGAGGAGAUGACUAGUUUGGGAAAAGAUGCUGUUUUUGUUGGUCACAGCGUUUCCAAGUCCAUUGUGGCUUCUGCAUUUCCAAGUGGAAUUAAGCCCAAUUGCAUUUAUUUUACAGAGGAAGGCAUGCAAUUCCGAUUGUGUUAUGAGCUAGCUUCAGCUGGCAGAGGCGGUGAAGACAUGGAACUUUAUAACCUGAUAGUUUCAGGCAGGGGCGGUGAAGACGACAUGGGAGUUUAUAACCUUGGAGACGGAAAUAUUGAUCGAUUCAGGGGCAUUACGUCUGUUAGUAAUUUUAUAUGCCCUCCGGUUUGGAUAUCCUUCUAAUAUAUCUAUGCGCAGCGGUUCGGAGGCCGCGAGUUUUUACUACAAAUUAUUAGAGUUUUUUUUUUAUUUUUUUUUUGGCGUGAUAGAAACUGACAUGAAUGGGAG